AUGACGACGGUGACAUACGAUAACGACAAUGUCGUCGAGCUUCCCCAGUGGACGACUUCCACCAACCUCGGCACCCUCACGCGGGCGUCGUUCCCGCCAGAAUGUCUCAAGGACCUAGCACGGUUCAACCAUCCAACAACGGCACUCGGUCCACCACACGCCUACAUCACCCAAGGAUGCGCCCUCAACAAGUGUUGCCCACCGGGAGGAGCAUACACCGAGGACUGGGCGUACGUGACGAGCUACUACUCCCCCGGAGUUUGUCCAUCAGAGUACAAAAGGUGCGACUUUCAGGGCACACACCCGGCCUUCAAGACGGCCACCGACGAGAUUGUGCGUUUCUGCUGCCCGAGCAAUUACGCAUGCCCCGCGGUGACAGGCGACCUGAUAAAACCCUGCCAGAGCAUCGCCACGACGCGGCAGCUCAUCAUCACCGUGUACGACGACGUCAAGGACCAAAAACCCAUCGCGACGACGACGGUCGACGGCCUGGGAGGCGGGCCCCGCGCCGCCGAGACGACGGGCGUGGUCAACGUCGCGUACCCGAUCCAGGUGCGGUUCAAGCAGGGCGAGGACGCGGCGCUGGUGCUCGGCGGCCGCAUACUGCCCACGAUCGGCACCCCGACCCUCCUCGUGGCGCCGUCGACGCCCUCGCCCGGUGGCAACAGCGGCAUCUACGGCGUAGGCGGUGGCGGGGUAGGAGGCAGCAUGAAUCAAAGUCCAAGCACGGGUGCUGGAGGUGGUAGUAGUAGUAGUGGUGGUGGUAAUAGUGGUGGUGGUAAUAGUGGUGGGAUACCCAUGGGCGUGGUGGUGGCGGUGAUAUUAGCCGCUGCGGUGGCGGUGGCGGUGGCCGCGACGGUUGCGGCGAUGAGGGUGGUGCGGAAGCGAAGGAGGGAACAGGGCCUGCCUGCCAGCGCGGAGCAGGCAGCGUCGAUGAGGGCGGAUGCCGAGAGGAGGAGCCAGAGGACGGCGCAGCAGAGGAUGACGCAACAGCAAACGGGUGUGGAUAUGUGUCCGCCUCACGGCAUACCACCGGAACAUCGGCACAGGAAGCUCUCUGUACAGCAUCAUGGGACGGCUACGAGUUCUCGGGUGGAAUUACAAAGUCAUAUGAUCUAG